ACUACAAAGACAACGUCAGAAAGGACAAGGUCUGGUGUUUAGUCGGUGGAGUUAUUGGAGUGGAAGUCGAGGUUUGCAAGGCGAAAUGGAAGUCACUGAGGGAUGCUUUCGUCAAAACCAGGAAGAAGUCCAUCCCAAGUGGAUCUGCAGGUGGCUCGCAGAAGGCCUGGAAGUAUUCAGACAUAAUGUCCUUCAUUUUGCCAUAUAAACAGCAAAGGAGUUCUACAAGCAGCUUGGGAAAUCCUUCCCCAUUAGAAGAGAUAGAGAGAGCAUCUACACCAGGAGCAGCAUCUGGAUAUUCAGGCCCACGCACACCCACACCACCUACAGCCCCACCACCUCUGGUACCCACAACCUCUGCAGAGAGGAGGCCCUCUAGGUCCCGUAGCCCCCAGGGAUCCACACCAGCAGCAACGGCCCAGCGUUCCACAAAGAGGAGGCCACAGAGCACAGACCUUGGGGAGCAACUAAUUUCUCUACUGCAGGAACCUCCAGCCACACAUAUGCCAGACUCACCACUUGAAGAGUCAUACUACUUUGCUCUGAGUCUGGUGCCUCUGCUACAAAGGCUGGACAUAGACAGGAAACAUCGGGCAAAAAUAGCUAUUUUAAACACCUUCCAUAGUCUUGAAAGAGAGAGUACACAACCACAGGAACAUUGGCAGCCAAUUUUCCAUCCCCCCACGUCACAACACUCCACUCACACCUCCAGGCCAGUAGCCCUUCGGCCAACUGCACCCCAACCCCCACAAGCCCAAUCAACAGGGCCAUUCACAAAGCUGUUCUCCAACAGUGGCUCUGCAUGGCAGGAUGGGUCUCAAUCAAGCGGCAAACUGUGGGAGCUCCACCUGGAUGGUGUACUGUUUCAGCAGUACUUCAGGAUGAGCAAAGACGCGUUCGACGAGUUGCUCGGAAAAGUCGGUCCACUGAUUGCAAAGGCAGACACCCGUAUGCGUUUGUCAAUCGGACCCGCCGAGCGACUCGCCAUCUGCCUACGGUACCUGGCAACCGGUGACUCGUACAGGACCAUAGCAUUCAGCUAUCGGGUCGGGCAUGCAACAGUGGCUGUCAUCGUCAAGGAGGUUGCGGGUGCCAUCUGGACCGCGCUGGUCGAGGAGACCAUGCCGGUACCACAGACGGAGGACUGGAGAGCCAUUGCUGCUGGGUUCCAGGAGCGCUGGAACUUUCCAAAUUGCGUUGGUGCCAUUGAUGGGAAGCACGUGGUGAUCCAGGCUCCGGCCUGGCUACUGGCUGUCGUGGAUGCCCAGUACCUCUUCAGGGUAGUGGAUGUCGGAGGUUUUGGAAGGAGCAGCGACGGUGGGAGCCUGAGGAAUUCCGCUUUUGGAGAGGGCCUCCGAGAUGGCAGUCUGCAGCUACCACCUGACACCGUCAUCCCAGGAGCAGAGCGGCUGGGCCUUCUUCCCCAUGUGUUUGUUGGAGAUGAGGCUGUUCCGCUGCUGGACAACCUGCUGCGUCCGUUCACGCGUGAAAGGAGGCUGUUCAACUACCGCCUCAGCCGGGCCAGAAAGGAGCAGCAGUGA